GUCUCCUUGAUGGGUUUCGUUUAUCCUCUGCUAUUAGUGCUCAUGACAAUGACCGAAUGACCCAUUCGCUUCUCCACAUUCUUUAAUACUGGUAACAUCUUACCACAUAACCUUUUUUUCUUCUUCUUCAAAGCGCACACUCUUUCUACAAUUUCGGGAAAUUGGGGUUCCCCACGAUUACAAAGAGGGAACGAACGACCCGCAAUACGGUAAAGAUCGUAAUGACACGGGAAAUCCCCGACGUUCACCCGGGCACGCAAAUCAUUCCUCCAUCACCACCUCCAAUGAUCUCGACCCCACCACCACUCCGACAACCACCUCAACGUCCGCCUCCAGCGACACCUAUAUCCAUGCGGGUACCCUCCUCACUCGCAUCCGUACCUGUCUCGAUUCCCUAUAGUAACACCCGCAACCAGAACCAAAACAACAAGCACAGCCGCAACAUUAGCAACACCACUACCCACGCCUCCCGCUCGACUCACGGUAGGAAGAUCUCCCUGACGGCCUCACCGGACCAAAUUCUCCGAAGUAUAAGGGAUUCCACUCGGGACUCCUACCAGAAGAUCAAGGAAUUCCCCGCGGGCUUCCAAUACGCCGUCACCCCAUCUGCUCCGAGCAUCCAGACCUUCUCCACGAACGCUGGAAGAUCGAUGCACAGUUUUUCUGGAGCACCGGUGAUCCCUUCUGGCCCCAGCCGCACAGCACCCACCGUUGCCAAGGCUGGAUGCGCGGGGCGGUACAUGGGGUACAUGGGCGAGAUACGCUGCCGGGUCAAGGGCAUUCUCAGUGGCUUCCACUUUUCAAUAUCCGUGGGGUGCACGCUUCCGGUUGAAGAAGUGGAGCGGAGGAGAGAACGCACCCUGCGAAUUAAGAAUAAUAGAAAUGGAUGCUGCAUAUAUGAAGUCGAAACCUCCUCAACGGGGCCAACACUAAUACCCCUCCAAUCCCUAAAACCCCUUCUGCCAAACUCAAAAUAUCUACAAAAGUCAUUAAUAGACUGGAACCGCCAUUUCCAGUCACCGCCGGCACACUGGGUCAUAAACUUUAUCCCCCGCGCAUACCUACGUCGUGGGUACUACCUCGCCGAAGACGUGUGCGAAUACCUACUGCAGAACCCAGAUGGGUGCUUGUACAGGAUUGAGUACGAGCCGAUUGGUCAUGAGAGUGUGCUCGUGGGCUCGAUUGUGCCGAGGGGGCUUGCCCGACGGGAGAGGAAUCCGAGUCGGCAUUGGGAGGGGAGAGAGAGAAGAGGGGUGCUCGGCUAUUGAUGGGGGGUGGCUUUUUGAUUGUUUUUGAUUAGUUUUUCGGUUGAUUAUGGGCGUUUAACAUGGCGUUUUUUGUUUGCUUUUUUAUCUCGAUUGCGAGUUUUGUCAGGAAUUGGGGGCGGUAGGUUG